AUGGUCAACCGCACUAUGUUCUUUGACAUUACCAUGGAUGGCGGACCCUUGGGCUGUGUCUCCUUCAAUGUGUUUGCGCAAUUUCCAAAGACAGCAGAAAAUUUUCAUGCUCUGAGCACUGGUGAGAAAGGAUUUGGUUAUAAAGGUUCUUGCUUUCAUAGGAUUAUUUGGGGAUUUCUGUGCCAGGAUGGUGACUUCACAUGCCACAAUGGCACCGGUGGCAAGUCAAUCUGUGGGGAGAAAUUGGAUAAGAGGAAUUUCAUCCUGAAGCACAUGGGUCCUGGCAUCUUGUCUAUGGCAAAUGCUGGACCCAACACAAACUGUUCCCACUUUUUCAUCUGCACUGCCAAGACUGAGUGGUUGGAUGGCAAGCAUGUGGUCUUUGACAAGGUGAAAGAGGGCAAGAAUAUUGUGGAAGCCAUGGAGCACUUUGGGGCCAAGAAUGGCAAGACCAGCAAGAUCACCAUUGCUGACUGUGAACAAAUCUAA